GGGUGCAUAAUUUGGCAGGGUGCAAAUUUCGGCACUACAUUGGUGUAGCAAGUGUUCUUCCUUCUCUGACAGACACAGAACGUCCCUCCAUUGUCUUCUUAUCGUCCUGAUAUUUAGCACCCUGUAUGUCAGACUGUUUUAAUCUGUGUUCAUUCAGUAAUUUGUGUUAUAAUUUGCUGCUACUGAAUUGAACCGUCUGGUUCUACAGGUUUCAUAGAGACUCAGCGACCAGACGGCGAGCAGCUGCUGGUGAGCUUCCAUGAACUGAUCUAACAUCCUAUCCAGCCAGGCCCAGAUUGUGAACUGUGGGACAAGGUGGAAACUCUGGGGAGUUUUAGGUUUGUCUCCCCAUGACAACGUGUCACCAUGGCGACCGCGGCUCCAAAGGUGAUGCCGAGCGGUGCACCUCUGAUGAUGAGGACGCGGAGCUCACUGAGCUUGGGCCGCUGCUGACAAAUCCAGCUGAAGCAAAGAAAUCAAGAGGUGCAUCAGCAUUUCCUGAUGAAGAUGAGAACGAGGAUGAAGAACAAGGUUUGCGGGUGGUUACACUGCCCAUGCAGGCACACCAUGCCAUGGAGAAGAUGGAGGAGUUUGUACACAAGGUAUGGGAAGGACGUUGGCGAGUUAUUCCAUACCAUCUCCUCCCCGAUUGGCUAAAGGAUAAUGAUUACCUGCUGCAGGGACACCGCCCACCCAUGCCGUCCUUCCGUGCCUGUUUUGGGAGCAUCUUCAGGAUUCACACAGAAACUGGAAACAUCUGGACGCACCUGCUGGGCUUAAUUCUGUUCCUGUGCUUGGGCACAUUGACAAUGCUGCGGCCAAACGUUUCAUUCAUGGCGCCCGUGCAGGAGAAGGUGGUGUUUGGGAUGUUCUUCCUGGGUGCAGUUCUUUGUUUGAGCUUCUCCUGGCUUUUUCACACUGUCUACUGCCACUCAGAAAAAGUCUCAAGGACUUUCUCCAAGUUGGAUUACUCUGGUAUUGCGUUGUUAAUCAUGGGCUCAUUCGUUCCAUGGCUGUACUACUCGUUUUACUGCUCUCCUCAGCCGCGGUUCAUCUAUCUCUUUGUUGUAUGUGUGCUGGGUGUUGCUGCUAUCAUUGUGGCCCAGUGGGACAGAUUCGCCACCCCUCGGCACCGGUCCACACGUGCAGGUGUUUUCAUGGGCCUUGGUCUGAGUGGGCUCAUUCCCACAAUGCAUUUUACCAUCGCAGAGGGUUUUGUGAAGGCAACGACAGUGGGUCAGAUGGGCUGGUUCUAUCUGAUGGGUGCCAUGUACAUUAGUGGAGCAUCACUUUAUGCAGCACGGAUACCUGAACGUUACUUCCCUGGCAAAUGUGACAUCUGGUUUCAGUCUCAUCAGAUAUUCCAUGUGCUGGUUGUCGCGGCGGCAUUUGUCCAUUUUUAUGGGAUCUCAAACCUGCAGGAGUUCCGCUAUGGCCUGGAAGGAGGCUGCACAGAUGACACUCUGCUGUAAAAAAAAAAAGCAAAAAAAUCACUUGAACUUUGGCUAGUGCCUGCUCACUU